AUGCCUGCCGUACAACAUCGCCAGCAACUGCCUCCUGUUGACGGCGCCGGCGACAGCGAAUUCCUCGACGACGACAUUCACUACGUUUCGCACCUCUCUUCUCUGUACAUAGCAUCCGAGCAUAGUUAUGUCCCCUCGUUGAGCCCACACCCUUGCGCGCGCGACACCUGCGCGAACCCUCUCUCUCACCGCAUUGGCACACCACUGCGCCUCUCGACACCGCGAAGACCGCCCCGACCGCUCAUGGCUACCCUCACAUAUGCACAGGAUGCGCCGUCCUCCUUCAGCGCCCCGCCUGGCAGCCCGCCCGACCUCACAAACUCCAAAUCCUCAAAGUCGUCGAGCAUACACUCGUCGACGCUCUUGGACUUUAUGGGUACCACCGAGAAUCUCUCCCAUUUCGAGGACAUCAACCUGGACGAGGCGUCGGCUGGGCCCGCGUCCUUUCCCAUGCCUGGAAGCCCGUCCAACCGCGUCGUCUUUGAGGCUCCCCGCGCCGUGGUUACGGCCAGGAGCCUGUCUCACCCCACCCAGCACUCGUUCCGUGACCUCACCAGCCCGGCCAAGCCAAAGUACCCAAGCCUCAAGGGCCAAGUCAACUAUGCCGUACAAAGACAGCAGACGCAGCUUGCUGCACCUGGGAAGCAGAUCCGAAGAGGUUUCACUUCGCCGUCGGCUCCCACCCUCGGCACUUUAGGUCUUACUGCACCGCACCGCAUCUCACGAUCGCCAUCGCCCUCCAAUACCCACAUAUCUUCGUCGGGGUCACGCACCCUAUCGCGGAAAAGUUCGCAAAACAACAUGUUGCCGUCACCAGGUCUGCAAUCCAGAAGACAGUCGUGGCAAGACUCAAAACGCAAGACGGUCAAGGAAAGAGAAGCAGAAUGCGAUGACGAGGACGAUGAGCUUCCCGAAGACGCUGUCAUCUGGAAUAUUCCCAUAUCGCCGCGUCCGACCCAAGACCGGUCGCCAGGAUCCUGGGCGGGCGAGGGCUCGCCUCAGACAUCACCACGCCCCGAUGCUACUGAAUCCUCAUCCUCCAAGGCUUCCCCAGCCCCUUCCGUGUCGCAAAAUUCCCAGAGGACCCCAUCACCAAACGUGUCCAGCAGAGGCGUAUCUCCGAAAUCACCGGCACCGCAGACUACAUGGGUCGACACAUACAGUGCGCUCGAUCCAGAUGCCAGGAAACUGACCGAAGCGUUGGAGGAGUACCAGUCAGAAUACGAACGUAAACAGGAAGUUGCAAGACAGCAGCCUGGCCUUGUAAGAGCGGCAUCUGUGAGCCAAGCUACGACGAAAACGAAGAAGCCAGCGUUGCCACCGGUGCGAAAGAGCGAUCCUCUCAUUGACCCUUUCCAGCCAUCGGUUGAGAAGCAGAAAUACCUUUCUCGGACACGGCCAUCGUGGCUCCCACCAAAGGACCCCAAGGAGGAGAAGAAGCAUCUCAAGGAGUACCAGCGCAUGCUGGCUCGGGUUGAGGAGGCGGAACGCCUUGAGGCCAAGCGUGCCCAAGAAGAGGCACUUGCUCGCGAGAAAGCCAGCCGCAUCAAAGCAGAGUAUUGGUCUAGCCUGCUACUUCCAAACUGGGCUACAGAGAUGACAAAUUCCGAGCUCCGAGCAACGCACAGGAAAAUGUGGUGGAACGGCAUCCCCCCACGGUUGCGGGGCCAAGUCUGGCAAAUGGCAAUCGGCAACGACCUGGAAGUCACCGAGACAACCUACCACAUUGCGCUUGAGAAGGCGAGGGCAGAAGUAAAAGCACACGGUCACGAAGCGCUCGGAGGCCGCUACGUUUACAUUGUCCAAAGCACGCACGAAGUGUUUCCCAAGCUCAAAAUGUUUGCCGCGCAGAUAUCAGAUACCCAAGACGAGCAGCCGCUCCACCAGGACCUUGUCAAUGUUUGCUUGGCUUACUCCAUGUACCGCCCAGACAUUCCGCAUUCCAGUUUCGAUAUCCACCAUAUUGCCGCACUACUUCUCCUCAAUCUACCCGCGCCGCAAGCCUUUAUUGCGCUGUGUAACCUGCUCAACCGCCCGUUGCCCCUCUCCUUCCUCAUCCACGACCAAAACGCCAUCCACGCAGCCUACUCGACAACGCUGCACGUUCUCUCGAAGAAAGCGCCUAGCCUGGCACAACGACUAGAAACAUUGCGUGUCGAGCCGCGAGACUAUCUCUUCCACACACUCGGCUCCCUCUUCUGCGGGCGCCUCGAAGUCGAGCACGCGGCACGCAUCAUGGACAUUUACACCAUCGAAGGCGACAAGAACCUACCGCGGGCCGCCGUGGCUAUCCUCACCAUUCUCGAGGGCAGCUGCAUGGAGGGCGAUGCCGCGCAGGUAGCGCGUACCCUCAAGAAAAAGAAGAUUGAGCUCGACGAAGACGACUUCAUGGCUAGAGUGUACGAAGCGGGCAAGAGCUCGUAG